UGGAUUUUGUCGAUAAUGACCAAUAAAAGUUCGUAGAAGUUUCUAAAAGAUUUAGCACCAAACAAUCGGAAAGGAGAGCGUUUUGUGGCAGCGGUUAAACCAUGGAAUAUUAUAACAUCAGUUCCAAUGCUGCCAUCAAAUUGGACAAUGCUUCGGCAGUGUUAUUUCCUCAAGCCAGAUUAUCUGCUGAGAGGCGACUAUUGGGCUGGGAUGUACCACCACACGAAAUACGCCAUAUACCGGAACACUGGCUGCAAUUUCAAGAACCACCGGAAUCGAUGCACUACUUGUUAGCAAUGCUGUACAUAUUCUUCACCAUAAUGUCGCUUACCGGAAACGGUUUGGUAAUUUGGGUUUUCUCGGCAGCCAAAUCUUUACGAACCCCCUCAAAUUUUUUGGUUAUAAAUUUAGCUGUUUGCGAUUUUCUGAUGAUGUCCAAGACACCGAUAUUCAUUUACAAUAGUUUUAAGCGCGGCUUCGCCCUGGGAAAUUUAGGUUGUCAAAUAUUCGGCAUAAUUGGAUCAUAUACAGGAAUAGGAGCAUCAUGUACAAAUGCCUUUAUUGCAUACGAUCGGUACAAUGUAAUCACACGACCCAUGGAAGGCAAGAUGACCCACGGCAAGGCGAUACUGAUGAUCAUCUUUAUUUAUAUGUAUGCCACACCUUUUGUGGUGGCUUGUGUCACUGAAAGUUGGGGACGCUUUGUUCCGGAGGGAUAUUUAACAUCGUGUACUUUUGACUAUUUAACUGAUAAUUUCGAUACUCGUCUCUUUGUUGGUACAAUUUUCUUCUUUAGUUUUUGCUGCCCUACGGCACUGAUUAUAUAUUACUAUAGCCAAAUUGUUGGUCACGUGUUUAGCCAUGAAAAGGCACUUCGGGAACAAGCAAAAAAGAUGAAUGUAGAGUCAUUACGAUCUAACGUAGACAAGAGUAAAGAUACAGCUGAAAUUCGUAUUGCUAAAGCUGCAAUUACAAUAUGCUUUCUAUUCUUUGUGUCAUGGACACCGUAUGGCGUAAUGUCACUGAUUGGAGCUUUUGGCGACAAAAGUCUCUUGACACCAGGAGUAACAAUGAUACCGGCGUGUACAUGUAAAAUGGUAGCAUGUAUAGAUCCAUUUGUAUACGCCAUUAGCCACCCGAAAUACAGACUAGAGUUACAGAAACGUUGCCCUUGGCUGGCUAUUAAUGAAAAGGCUCCAGAAAGUGCCAGUACCGCUUCGACAACAACACAGGAACAAGCACCACAGCAGACGACUUCGGCCUAAAUACACAUAUUUAUAAAUACAUAAAUUUUUUAAAAGGAAUAUAUAUAUAAAGAUGACGACUUUGCCAUGGAUAAGGCUUACGAUAUAUUCUACACUACAAUCAUGGAAAACAAACCUGGCUAUUCUCUUUGGCGAUCUCUAAUAAACUGAACGAUUAAGGAAACCCAAGCUAUGGCUUUUUUGGUCAAGUUGGGUCAUACACAUGUGAAAACAGUAUUAUUCUUGUUUUGUAGCAUAUUUUAUUAUUUAAUAAAAUCUCAAUUAGAAUUUACCGCAAACUAAAAAUACAAA